CUGCAGCGGAGGACAGGAGCCAGGUGGGAGCGGAAGCCAGGGCGGGACCCGGGGCGCUGGGCGAGGCCCCCAGCGCCCAGGCAAGUCCUCCCAACCCGAGGCUACGAGAAAAGGUUCGGGGGCGCCCUGGCAAGGAGCCUCGCCGUGCUUGGAUCAAGGACUGAGCUCCCAGCACCAUGAACCCCACCAUCGGCUUCGCUCUUUUGCUGACAGUCUUGCAGGUAGCCCGUGGGCAGAAAGUGACCAGCCUGACAGCCUGCCUGGUGGACCAGAGCCUUCGCCUGGACUGCCGCCAUGAGAAUACUACCACCUCGCCCAUCCAGUAUGAGUUCAGCCUGACCCGGGAGAAAAAGAAGCACGUGCUCUAUGGCACUAUGGGGGUGCCUGAGCACUCCUACCGCUCCCGAACCAACUUCACCAGCAAGUACGACAUCAAGGUCCUCUACUUAUCCAGCUUCACCACCAAGGACGAGGGGACGUACACAUGUGAACUCCGGCUCUCUGGCCAGCCUCCCAUCACCUCCAGCAAGAAUGUCUCUGUGCUCAGAGACAAACUGGUCAAGUGUGAGGGCAUAAGCCUGCUGGCCCAGAACACCUCGGGGCUGCUGCUGCUCCUGCUCUCCCUGCCUCUCCUACAGGCCAUGGACUUCAUCUCCCUGUGACUGGUUGGGCAGGAAGCCACGCGGCCCAGUCCAGAGACCCUACUCCUCGGAGUUGGCUGACCCCCUCCCCCCAAUCCCUCACACAUCUUGAGGAGCAAUGGGGACCCCGCCCCUUAUAAGGAAUCCCAGUGCCGCAUGCAUCAUCUGCCUGCCCCUCCGCCCCUCUGCCACCUCACACCCUCUCCGCACACCACUGGCUUUUUUUUUUUUUUUUUUUUUUUGGUACUCUUUGUCCCAAAGUUGCUUCUGUCUGGUUUAUCCUUCCUUUUCUUUGGGAGUUUGUGAAAAGGGAAGCCAGGGUUGGGGACGUGAUAGAGAGUAAGGGCGUGGGAGGGGAGGAUAGAGGGGUCCCAGUCCCAGGGGGACGGAGGAGGGUCAUCCUUGCCCACCAGGACCAGCGGCCUGGGAGAGGCCUGGAAGGGGAGGAGGUACAUCCGGGCCACAUCCCUCAGCAGGCGAGGAUGGUCCCCAAAUACCCCGGAUGUGAGGGCACUGCCAAGCAUUUGUGGCCCAUCACCAGAGGAGAAACUGAACAUCUCCAGAAGCAUUCUCCGCCACAGCAAGAAGCCAUCCUUUGACCACUGCAGAGGUCCCCUGGGGGCCCAGUGAAAAAGCAGACUCUUCCUGGGAGCAGUGCUAACAGAGGGCUGGAGACGGGGUAGAAGAGAGGGUCCAUCGUCCCUCUCUAUCUGAUGAAACUAAAAUUAAGAGCCUACUGUCCCUCACUGCCUCAGCCAGGAGUUGAGACGGUGCCAGAGGACCAGCCUCCUCCCAGCCUGUUCCAAGCUCCUAAGAGCUUCCAGAACUCUGACCUGGAGGCAGUAAGCCGGGCCAGGUGAGUCCCAGAGCAGAGGAGAGUUUGGCCCGAGUGUUUGCGAGGUUCUUCCUCCCCUGCCCCGUCAGUGCCGGCCCCUGGUGGCUGCCGGCUGAGGCUUCCGACAGCCCUCUGCCCCACAGGUCUGGCUUCUUGGGGACCUGGGGGGUCGAGGGGGUCUGAGGCAGCCCGUGGAGUGCCUCAACAGAUGGCUUUUCCCAACACCCAGCUCCCUGCCCCCACCCCCGCAGCUGUGCCCUGUCGUGUGACUGUGUGUAGCGCACCACAGCUUAUGGUAUCUCAUCGAAGAAAAAGAGAACUGCGCAAUAAAACCAAGCCUCUGGAGAACA